GGCCGGAGCGCUAGCGGGUGCGAGCUUCCCUCCUCCUCACCCUGGCGCUGUCUAACGGGAUGCGCAGGCGCAGAGCUCUCCCAGCAGAAAGCAGGCCGAGCCUGGGGGCCGGGCGCGGGGCCUUGUGGGAGGGCUUUAGGAAGUAAAAUGGCGGACCUGGCGAACGAAGAAAAACCUGCCGUCGCACCGUCUGUCUUUGUGUUUCAGAAGGACAAAGGACAGAAGUCCUCCACAGAGCACAGAGACUUGCCGGAGUCGGGAGAGGAGCCUCGGGGGGAGGCCGAGGCACCCUGCCCUGAUGCAGGGUACCCCAAAUCCAUUGGGGAGCAUGCCUUAGACCCUUCCGCCCCUGCUAGCGCUUCCACCAGCUCUCCUCCGCCCCCCGCUCCUGCAGCCCAGCCUCCUUGUGUGCGAGAACUGGCAGGGAGAUCUGCUGGCAGCUCCAGUCCUGAAGCCGGAGAAGAUUCUGACCAUGAGGAUGGAAACUACUGCCCUCCUGUCAAGCGUGAGCGGACAUCCUCUCUAACGCACUCAGAGGAGAAGAGCAGCGGCUUCCGGCUGAAGCCUCCAACACUCAUCCACGGUCAGGCACCCAGUGCAGGUCUACCCAGCCAGAAACCCAGGGAACAGCAGCGUGGUGUGCUCCGUCCAGCUGUGCUGCAGGCCCCACAGCCCAAGGUGCUGUCACAGACGGUCCCCAGCAGUGGCACCAAUGGGGUCAGUAUGCCAGCAGACUGCACAGGGCCAGCCACGUCUGUAUCACCAGAAAACCUCACACAGAAGAGUCCCUCUGAGUCUGCUGAGGAGAAGGUGCCUCAGAAAACCCCACAUGGCACCUCAGAGGAAGGGCACUGUGAAGAGGAGCAGGUGGCCCCACAGACCUUCGUGUUUGGACAGAACUUGAGAGACAGAGUGAAGUUAAUGAAUGAGAAUGCCAGCGUGGUAGAUGAAGACAGUGCUGCACUUCCCAGCUCAGAAGCACCCACUGCAACCAACUACUUUCUGCAGUACAUUAGUUCCAGCGCAGACAACUCGACCCACAGUGCUGACAACUCCACCAAGUUUGUGUUUGGCCAGAACAUGAGUGAGCGCGUCUUGAGCCCCCCAAAGCUGAAUGAAGCCAAUUCAGACACCAGCAGGGAGACUACACAUGCCCAGUCAGGGUCUGAGUCGUCAUCCCAGGAGGCCGCCCCCAAGAAAGAGUCCCUGGCAGAGUCAGCCGCUGCCUAUACCAAGGCUACAGCAUGGACAUGCUUGUUGGAGAAGGUGGAGGUCAUUACAGGGGAGGAGGCAGAGAGCAAUGUGCUGCAGAUCCAGUGUAAGCUGUUUGUGUUCGAUAAGACCUCACAGUCAUGGGUGGAGCGUGGCCGGGGACUUCUCAGACUCAAUGACAUGGCGUCAACCGAUGAUGGCACAUUACAGUCCCGGCUAGUGAUGCGGACCCAAGGCAGCCUGCGGCUCAUCCUGAACACAAAGCUGUGGGCACAGAUGCAGAUGGAUAAGGCCAGUGAAAAGAGCAUCCGCAUCACAGCCACAGAUGCCGAGGACCAGGGUGUCAAGGUUUUCCUGAUCUCGGCCAGUUCCAAAGACACAGGCCAACUGUAUGCUGCACUCCACCACCGCAUCCUGGCUCUGCGUAGCCGGGCUGAACAGGAACAGGAGGCCAAGGUGCCCCCAUCUGAGCCAGGAGCCACCAGGGCCACCGAGGAGGAAGACAGUGAUGAGGAUGCUGUACUGGCUCCCUCGGGUGUCACGGGGCCUGGCACAGGUGAUGAAGGAGAUGGCCAGGCUCCUGGGAGCACAUAGCGGCGAGCCACUGCACCAGGCUGCUGCUUUGUCGUCUGUCUGCUGCCCGUCCCUCCCCGCAGGCCGCAUCAUGGUGGUGUCUAUUGCCGGGGUGGCCACAGGCUGGAUCCGAGUGUCCCCUCUGCAGCAGACGGGGAUGCCAGGAUGCGGCUUGGGACUCAGACCUCAUCAUAUUGAUGAGCAGAAAGAACGUUCCCCGCCCUCCUCCGAUCGAAAUGGCACAUUGACACUUGUCAUAACUUCGUGGUGACCGUCCCCCUCUGGGCAGCGACAAUGAGAACUCUGGGCUCAGCGUUCUGUUGAGUAACCUGCUACCUGCUCAGCUUCCCACUCUGCCAGGUCCACAUGGCAGAUGCUUCACUCAUUUCUGGUGGCUUGGCUCUUGAGGUCACACAUGAAGCUACAUGUGGGCUGAGCUGACUUGAUGCUCAUAUAAUGGGUAGUGCCCGGCCCCCAAAGGGCUUCCCUAGGUUUGGGCCUGAGAACACUUGUCUGGACGAAGGUGAUGAAACCAGGGGAGUUCCUGCCCUCUUGCCUGCCCACCCUGACCACCUGGGUCUCCCUUAGCAGGUGCCCAGCCCUCAGGUGACAGACCAGACGUCUAGGGCUUCCGAGAGGCAGAGCAAGCCUGCAAAGGAUCUGUCCCAGGCAGAAGAGGAAGCCCUGCCCAUGGAUUAGGAGGGUCCACCUCUGGCCAGGCCACUUCUGGGGAGCCAGCAAGGACACCAGAGGCUGCUGAGCAGAUGGGUCACACUGCUUCCAGCCUUAGCCAGCCAGUGACAAGUGAAUCCAGACGUCACCCAUGUGUUUUGGAACAUUUAUGUAAGAUUGUCAUAUGAAAUGUAUUUGAGAACUGCAUUAAAACUUUUAACUAAAA